GCAAUUACCCAGAAGAUGACGCCAUCGUCUGUCUUCCCUAGUGAAGGAGUGUUUCCAUUCCACCCUCUUACAUUGGUUGAACCUGCCUGCACUCCAGUCUCCAUUCCCUCAUACCAUCAUUUGGUGGCGCUCUCCAUCCUGAGCGCGCCGGUGACGUCAGAGGCAGAGCGUGCAGCGGCAUCUCCUCUUGGUAUAAAGCUGGUGUCCGGCAUCGCGCCAUUUUGCGUUUCCAAGAGAAGACCGAAGGAGGCGGUGACGAGGCAAGGACGUGUUUUCGCUAUUACGCGAAUAAAAUCUUUAAGUUGGUCCAAAUUCAAAACAUUGUUGACAGUUCAAAUGGGAGAUCCCAGUGUGCACAGAGACUGCCCUCUUGACUGCAAAGUCUAUGUAGGCAAUUUGGGCAGUAGCGGUAACAAGACUGAACUGGAGCGUUCAUUUGGGUACUACGGCCCCUUGCGCAGUGUAUGGGUUGCCAGGAACCCCCCUGGUUUUGCCUUUGUUGAGUUUGAGGACCCCCGUGAUGCAACAGAUGCUGUCCGUGAACUCAAUGGAAGGACGCUCUGUGGGUGCCGUGUCCGGGUGGAACUGUCCACUGGGGAGAAACGCUCUUGGAACAGGGGGCCGCCCCCUUCAUGGAGCCGCCGUCCUCGGGAUGACUACCGUCGGCGCAGCCCCCCCGCACGCCGGAGAUCUCCACGUAGGAGGAGCGGCAGCCGCAGUCGCAGCCGAUCUCUCUCCAGAGACAGGAGGAGGGAUAGAUCCUUCUCUCGUGACAGGAACCAUAAGCCGUCGCGUUCAUUCUCCAGAUCUCGCAGUCGUUCCAGGUCUAAUGACAGAGUACGAAGAACCUGAAAGCGUCGUCUGAACUUGCUUGAUCAUACUUUAAGAUUUAUAUGGACUAUGAGCUCUAUAAUGUCCCUUUUCAGCAGCUUUUCCUGUGUUGUGCAAGGCGACCAAUUCCAACAGUGUAUGCGAGUUUGUGAUAUGCCGACGAUUUGUACAAAUGUGUUCAGUUCUUGUAAAGUCCGAUGAGCACUGUGCCCUCACCAAGCCUAUCUGGACAUUGGGCUCUUAAGUACCUGAGGGAGGGUGAUACUGUUGGCAUGUUUGGAGUGCCAUGUGUGCUGUGAUGCUCCCUUUUUUAUUUUGUUUUCCCUUUUCCACCUGUCUUUUGAAUUAAAUUUGUUUGUAGAAA